CCACAACAAAACAACACACAACACACACAACCACGAAAACACAAACAAACGUUGGGUGGUGUUGUGUUGUGAUGUGGUUGGCUGUUGUUCUCGCGGUGCUGGUGCUCGUCAUCAGCCUCAGCACACACGAUGUGCAAGGUGGGCACUUGAAGGUGCUGGUGCACAACGCCCGCGUGCAAAACAGGGACAAGAACGGACGCAGCGACCCUCGUGUGCAGAUGUACGUGUCGGGCAUCACAGGGUUCAUGUACACAAGCGUCAUUCAGAAUCGCCUCAACCCGUCAUGGGAGGAGCUCAUCGACUUUGGUCCUCUAGCAGACAUCCCGGCAACGGGUGUCCUUGUGUCGACGUUGGAAGACAGGGACAACAAAGUGAAGUUCCAACACCUGUUCACGUUGAGCACGCCCUUCAACUUCACGGGCCGCGGAUGCUUGGAGCAAACCAGGACAGUGAAGCAGUUCAGCGGCAACACCGUUCGCUUUCUCCGCUUCACCAUGUACUACACCCCAACCAACCGGUGCCAGCCACCCUUCAGCGCGUCCUGCGGCGCUGGCGCUCGAUGCGUCUGUCUCGGCAACCACGAGUUUGGCUGCGUGUGCGAGGAUGAGGAGGCAAACCAACAGGACAACGUCCACUGCCAGUCUGAGAUCAGCUGCGGCACAGAGACGUGUGAGGGAGGAGAGCUGUGCGAGUACAGCUUUGGCGUGCCAACCGGGUGCACGUGCGGCCCAUAUGCAUACAGGGCUGGUGGCGGCUCUUGUGUUCUCAACGGCACAACAACGACGACCACCACCACGACAACCACGUCAACCACAAUAACGGACACAACCACAUUGACGCUGAGCACGACCAAUGUCAGCGUUUCCAGCACCUCCGCAAGCUCCACAGAGUCGACUUCCCACUCAUCCACAUCGGUGUCGUCAACAUCGGUGUCGUCGACGACGGCCACCAGCACGGACACGAUCAGCAACAGCAGUAGCAGCAGCGCCGCCACGACAACUUCGGUGGGUGAGGCGAUGGUGAACACGACUGCGACAUCAACGACAAUGGCGACACCGCACAAUGCAAGUGUGCCAUCGACCAGCGCGUUGCCGUCCACGCAGACUGAUCCUGAAGGCAACAACACAGCCACAGCAACAACCACACCCACAACCACAACCACGUCGCAAGGGACGACCACCGCAGGCGGAGGUCAUGCGCCCACGGUCACCACCACAACAAUGGCCACGCCACCCGUGCAUGCAACAACAACAACAACAACAAGCGCAAGCACAACCAUGCGCACCCCAGCCACGGCAGCAACGGACACGACGGGUGUGCAGCCAAACCAGAUGGCGUCAUCAUCAUCAUCAUCCCAACUAGCGUCGUCUUCUUCUGCGGCGUCCACAGUCUCCCCCUCGACACUGCCCCCAGACAGCCCGGCAGGGAGCAGGGCGAUUGGCAGCUCGGGCCUGUGGACGCUGGUUGGUGUCGGCGCGGCUGUGCUGAUGGCCGUCGUUGUGGUGUUGCUGCUCGCGUACACGAGGCGCAGGCACCGGCGUGCGCAGCGGCAGCCGUACGACGAGAACCAAUAUGGCGGCAUUGGCAAGAAAAUGGGCGCAUCUACAGCCAUGUUUGCCAACCCGACCUUCGCGGGCGACCACCACUACGAACAGCCCACGGGCGAUGAUGGUGCUGGUGGUAACAGUGGCGGUGACGGCCGUGCUGGUCGCCAGGCCAUUAACCCUACGUAUGCAGCGGGGCCGAGCAGUCACGGCUUUGCAGCGCCACCUUCACCGGAGUACGAGGCGGUGGACGCUGUCCCCUUCCAUUCUCACCAGCACCAGCACCAGCACCAGCACCAGCAGGAGUACGAUCAAGAACCCGCAUCACAGCAGCGGUACUUGCAGCCUGUUACGCAGCAUGGCGGCAGCAACUAUGCAGCGCCCGCAUACGAGGAGCCGGAUGCCAUGGAUAGCGGCGGUGAUGGCAGUGCACGCCAUGUGCCAACAGAGUACGCUGUGCCGCGGGUGCUUGAUCUCGUUGGCGGGCGCGUGUACCUCAAGCCCAACACGGACGAUGAUGAUGCAGAUGGCGUGUAUGGCGUCGUGGAUGCAGACGCGCAGCCCGAAUACGGCACCUUGGCCGGCAUUCCCGGUGCCGUGUUGCCGCCAUCCCACGAGGCCCAUCGACGUUGUGGUGGAAGUGAACCUGAUGGUGGUGACGAGUACGACUACCCGCGUUGUGUGCCGCGUUCCGAGGAGGAUUGCAGAGACCCGCAUGCGGCUGGGGAAGAUGAUGAGCAGCAGUAUGACGUGCCUCGCAAAGCGCCAUUGAGAAGAAGACCCAACGCUGACGCUGGUUCUGCCCAUGACGCAGGUUCUGCUGAUGAUGGUGACGGUGAUGACGAUGAUGGCGUGUAUGAUCUGCCGCGAGCGGCGCCCAAGCCAAAACACAACAAACCUGCCGAUGUUGCUGAUGACGAUUAUGAUGAUGGCGACGUUGGUUUGGACGCACAGUCUGGCUUUGGCUUUGAGGCUGGUGAUGACCUGAACGUUUGAAACCAAUGUUUCUUUUUGCUUGUCUUGUUUUUGUUUCCGUUUCAUGCUGCUGACCCUUUCUCCUUGUCGCUCUUCUUCUUCUUCUUCUUCUUCUUCUUCUUCUUCUUUUCCCUGUGUUAUCUUGCUUGCUUGCAAGAAGCCUGCGUGUUCGCACUGCCUGUUGGCACGUUGACACCUGAGACAACUUUCUGAAUUUGAUUUCUUUUGAGUGAUUCGAUGCAAGUGUUUCCUUUUCUUCCAUCGCCUUUGUGGAUUGCCUCAUACGAAUGUCGUUUGCAAAUAUUCCGGUGAUAUCACCGCGCUGCCCAACAAAGGCGCAGCGAGUUUUGCUCGUAUUUUCCUCCCACAGAAAAAGCGACCACGCAAACACCAACUGCAGCGACGAUCGUGCUUGACUUGUGGUG